AUGGCGCGCACCCUCGACGGGGCCGGUCCCACCGUGCCCGAACCCACAUCUGUUCCACGCGCCGUACCGCGGGGGCACCAAGAUCCAGAGGGUAAAAAACAGGCAGACCGCACGGAUGCGCUAUGGGCCGAGAUGCAGAGCACGCUGGAGGAAGUAGAACUUAGUGCUGUCAAUGGGACACAUGUUUUUGGGCCCCAGCAUGCGAGGGCGCUGCAGGAGCUGAGGGCGACGCAGAUUGGCCUUGCACAGGCGUGGGCGAGGAGUGAGGCUGACGAGGCGGGAGAGACGGGGAGUGGGGGAAAGGGAUUAGCUCUUGGAGGUGAGGGACUCAGUGCGCUCGAUACGGUGGACAGUACGGUUAGUGGUGGGGCUGGAGGCAGGACUGGGAGUAGUACUGGGAUUGGAGGGGAUGCUGGGGAGAGGAUGGGGAGUAAGCUAGAACAGGAGACGGAGGCGGAUAUUUUGCUUGCGAGGAGGAGGAGGGAGGCUAAUGAUCGGUAUUUUCAGAGGGUCAAUGGGGGUGUACUGGAUGUCGUUGCUAAGUUGGAAGAGGUGGCUUCUGCUAUGAGGGCCGUGGAGCAAGAGAGUCGGGAUAUUUGGGGGGAGAAUGAAAGUGUUGGGACGAGUACUCGUGGUUAA